AGAAGAUCCAAAACGAACAACGACACUUCUUCCACACUGCAGUCGCCAUCAUCUAUCAUCAUGGCGCCGAUGAUGACACGUAGUAACGCGCUCGUCUCUCUUUCAGAUGACCUACCUCCUCCUCCCCAGCAGAGAUUUCGUGAAGCCAGCUGGCAGUUUGUAGCACCUCAAUCUCGAUCCGAUCGUGAGCUAUCUGAAGAACCACCUUCAUCCUAUGAUGAGGAUGCAGACGUCGGUUCUAGAGCAGAAGAAGAAGAUUAUGAUUAUGAAAACCAACCUCCCCUGACUAGUCCAGAUGACCACGAAGACAUUCUCCAUCCCCUGCGUGAAGCUGCAAACAGAGUCGGAAGAGAGGUAGAGCGAUUCGCAGAAGUCUUAGAUGCCUACAAUCCUAAGAGAACGAUCAUAGAUGAUGAACGACGGGAGAUGAUGUUCGACUUGAUCGAACUUUAUCACGGUGUUGCAAAGGACACUGUGCAGCGACUGGAAAAGAGUCAUGCGACGGAGAUACGAAAGGUUGCGCGCCAAUCGAGGAAGAAGGUAUCCAGCUUUGCGGCCCCCACUACCGAUGACAAGAUGGACGUCGAGGAUUCCGAACAAGGCUCCCCGUACUCUCAGCAACAGACGAGCCUGACAGAUCUGGAGCGUUGGAAACAGGAAGAACAGACUUGGGAUCUCUUGCGUCGCCUUGUUCAACUCAGAUUCCCAUCGCCUGACUCUGUAGCCACAACUGCUGGACACAAACGGGUCCAUCAGUACUCCACGCAACGUGAUAUUUGGGAGCAUUUUCUCGAGACAGAUAAGCUCGCUCUAGAGAGAAAAACUGUUCUGCAAUGGUUGGAAGCAACGGCCGAGAAUAAUCGUGAGGAUAUUACGGAACUGGUGAAAGAUCUUCAACAGAAUGCUGAUCGAGGAGAAAUUACUGCUCACGGGUGGAUUCAUACCAAGGCAGCAAUCAAGAAACAGAAGAUUCACAACUCCUCUUCCGGCCCACUCGACCCAACAUCGGCACCAAGAGAUCUCUUCAAUCUUGCUGGGACAGAACCUCUAGUCACACAACUAGACCCCGAUGCCACAACCCGCCAGCGGCGUCGACUAGAAAUCCAGGAUGAGCAUUUCGAACGGUCCAUUUGGCUAGCAUGCUACGAGAUGCUACGCCGCGGAUGGGACUCGAGACGUAUUCGAGAGACUUGCGAGGAGUACACAGAGAUUUGGAGAGCCAUUAGCAUGUCAGGCUUCCCAGAUCAAACCUCACAAAACGAAGAUAUCUCUGGCAACGCAGACGCGACUGCCCUUUGGCGACGAAUGUGUUUCACUCUUGCCCAUAAUGGAGGGGGCGAUGACUACGAGCGAGCAGUCUACGGUAUUCUGAGCGGCGACAUCUCUAGCGUAGAGCCUGUCUGUGAUUCAUGGGACGAUUUCGUCUUUGCUCACUACAAUGCGCUACUUAGGGCACAGUUCGAUAGCUACCUGGAGCAAGUUCAACCUCGGAACAACAAGCCUGUUGGUUCGUCACACACUGGCGUGUUUGAUGCAGUGCAGUUCUACGGCGACCCUCUCAGUGCUGGGAAACGACUUGUCAGCCAUCUUCAAACUCAUCCUCGAACCUCGGAGGAAACGGUACAGCCUAUGAAGAUGCUUCAAGGAGUUCUGAUUGCCAACGACUUUUCGAAUUUUAUCUAUCAGCAAGGCCUCGCUUUGUCAAAAUUUGCUAAUGCUAAGGGGGUAUCAAGUCUCAUACCACCGAACAGAAAUCAGCCCGAGAAUGAGGAUUUCACCAAAUACAUUGCCUUGGAUGACCAUGACAGUUUGAGAGUGCUCACUCAUGUUUUGCUUAUAUUCAUGGGACUGGGUCUUGACCUUGGUGGCGUCUUUCGUGAAACCGAGGUGGAAAAUGUCAUUGUGGCGUAUAUAAGCUUCCUUCGACUUGCCGGCAAAGAAGAACUAAUUCCCUUAUACUCAUCUCAAUUGUCUGGGCAACGAAGAUACGCUAUUCUGUGCCGAAAUCUAAUCGAUGUUACCGACCACGAACAACGCGUCACACAGAUCAAGUUGAUGAGAGAACUAGGCCUUGAUGUGCAAGAGUUUGUUGGCUUGCAAGCGCGAUUCUUGUUGAGCGACUACGAGGAUACCGUCUCUUCAUUUCCUGCGUCUGGUAACUUCAAGCUGUUUGACGAUUCCCCUGUGCCCAAAGGAACUCAUCGAAGAGUUCGCAAGGACUUCUUUGGUGAGGAUCCUGAUAAAAUUGACAGGGUCGAUAUGCUCUUGAUAAGAAGCUUAGAAUGGUAUCUCUUGGUAGAUGGGCUCUGGAAGCAGACCUUUACUGUCGGGACCAUGUUAUAUCUGCGUUUCUUCAAGCACAUGCAUCUGAAUGCGGCACGAAAGCUUGCAGUGAGGGUUUCAGCUGCCAUGAUUUGUCAGAUCAAGACUCGAGCAAUUCUGGGAGACAGCUAUGAUUUCGAGUCGCUGGAAUUAGGCGAUGAUGAGGAUCUGACAGAGGUGCUCGAUGGUUCAGCUGAUCAGAAAAGGCUGCUACGCAAGCAUCUACUUGAUGAAGCCAAGAAUUACAGAGAACUAGAGAACCUCAUAGAAUGUCUGGAUAAUAUCGAGACAGUUGCGAGUAUGGAAUGUCUGAUCAACGAACAAAGUGAUGUCAACACUUGGCAGAAGAGCUGGAGACAGCAGCUGGCAGCAGCACUCAAACCAACCAAGUUUACCGUGCAACCGCUCCUCAAGGGCUGGCUGACAACUUUUCAAAAUGAAAAUCUCGCAGCUGACUUGAGACGUCUCCGCGAGGCAUACCUUCCAGAGACUCUUCUAGCUUACAUCACCACAUUGCAAUUUGCAGGCCAGCAUCUCAGCCGUGAUUUCUUGUUAGAGUGCAUGGAUUUUGCUACUAUGGUCGCCGAUGAGGACUCUGAUCUGCUAAGUGUGUUCAUGAGUACAGGACAGAUGCAAGAACUCGUCGAGACUCUUGCUUUCUCUAGCAAGAACCUGCUCUUAGCAACCUCACAAAAGCCAGGAUCAUCGAAGAGUAAGAAGUUGAGGAUGAAGGGAUGGACGCAUGACUUGUGGAGCGUAAAGAAAGAAGAUCUGAAUGAGCGUGGCAUCGCAGAACACUAAGCAGGAGGUGAGCUUGAGCUUGUAUUGUAUCUCAGAGGGAAUGUACUCGUAGGGGAUUCUGAAAAUGCCAAUAAUCAUCUGCGCUGGGUGCGCACGAACUUGCAGCGAUCCGAGCUUGUGUGAUAGUGAUUUUGUGUGCCUAGCACGGUAUAUAGAACAAUACGGCUGCGCCACCACACCUGCUCGCGAUGAACAACUUGGACGAGUCAAAGCGACUGGACGGUAUGUUGGAUAUGUGGGCAUGACACGGGAUAGGAGCACAAGGAGCACAAUUG